UAGGCGCUCCCUGCUGCAGGAUGAAUUAGGAAGGCAAGGCCUCUUCCUCUAAGCCAUGGAGACAAGGGCAUCCUUCAUCGCCGCCAUGCAAGAGACCCAGCAUCUCUCCCCAGAGAAGGGUCAGAGCCCAGCCAAUGGCAACAUGGAGCAGUUUGAUUCAGAUGAGGGCUCCAGCAUUGAGGAUGCAGACUUCAACUGGGAUGAGUUCCUGGAGGAAACAGGAGCCAGCGCUGCUCCCCACACCUCCUUCAAACAUGUUGAAAUCAGCCUUCAAAGCAGUUUCCAACCAGGGAUGAAGUUAGAAGUGGCCAAUAAGAGCAAUCCGGACACAUAUUGGGUGGCUACGAUCAUUACAACAUGUGGACAGCUCUUACUGCUUCGUUAUUGUGGCUAUGGAGAUGACCGCAGGGCAGAUUUCUGGUGUGACGUGAUGACAGCAGAUCUUCACCCCGUUGGCUGGUGCACGCAGAAUAACAAGGUCCUGAUGCCUCCAGAUGCAAUCAAAGAGAAAUACAUGGACUGGACAGAGUUUCUCAUCCAUGAUUUGACCGGCGCCCGGACGGCACCUGCAAAUUUACUGGAAGGCCCUCUGCGAGGAAAAAACCCUGUAGACCUCAUUACAGUUGAUUCCUUAAUAGAGCUGCAGGAUUCCCAGAAUCCCUUUCAGUACUGGAUAGUUAGUGUGGUUGAAAAUGUUGGAGGAAGAUUACGCCUUCGCUAUGUGGGAUUGGAGGAGACUGAAUCCUAUGACCAGUGGUUGUUUUACUUGGAUUGCAGACUUCGACCAGUCGGUUGGUGUCAAGAGAAUAAAUACAGAAUGGACCCACCUGCAGAUAUCUAUUCUCUGAAGACUAUAUCUGAGUGGAAAUGUGCUCUGGAAAAAUCCCUUAAUGAUGCAGCAAAUUUUCCUCUUCCAAUGGAAGUGUUCAAGGACCAUGCUGAUUUGCGAAACCACUUCUUCACUGUGGGGAUGAAGCUGGAGGCGGUGAAUAUGAGGGAGCCGUUUCAUAUCUGUCCUGCAUCAGUGACCAAGGUUUUUAACAAUCAUUAUUUACAAGUGACCAUUGAUGACUUGAGACCUGAACCCAGCAAAAUCUCCAUGCUUUGCCAUGCGGAUUCCUUAGGGAUCUUGCCAAUACAGUGGUGCCUUAAAAACGGAGUCAAUCUCACACCUCCCAAGGGUUACUCUGGCCAGGACUUUGACUGGGCAGACUACCAGAAGCAGUGUGGAGCAGAGGCAGCGCCUCACCUCUGCUUCAGAAACACAUCCUUCAGCCGUGGCUUUACUAAGAACAUGAAGCUGGAGGCAGUGAACCCCAGGAACCCUGCAGAGAUAUGUGUCGCUUCUAUCACCUCAGUUAAAGGACGGUUAAUGUGGCUUCACCUUGAAG